UGUUCCAUGAUGGCGGCUCGAAUAAAUGCGGGACAGUGCUUGACUUGCGAUGUAGGUCUCUCGGUUCUAUAGAGGACAUGUUUGUUUUGAACUUUGUGAAGCAUAAUUGUGUAAUUCUGCAUAGAGUUGAAUGUACAACUGAGUGAUAAAUUAAACGUUGAAAUAUGGAAAAUAGUGAUGAUGUACCUUUAAGUGAUGAAGAGCCCGUCACAGCACAAAUAGUUCUUCGAACAUUGCAAGAAGUUUGGUUAAACGAGAAGUUUAGUCCAGAAUUAUUGCAGCACCAGUCAGAUUUGGUUGAUUGUAUGCUGGACCAGAUACAGCAGAUGGAAGAAAAUUUGUGCAAACUUAAGAAGAACGACUUCCGUGUUGUAAUUCAUCGGAUGGAAUUGGACCGGAUACGAUAUAUGGUUACAGAUUACUUGAGGAUAAGAUUAAAUAAAAUAGAACAGUAUGUAAUUCAUAUUCUUGAGCAAGAAACCAGUAGGAGUCCAGAAGAUGCAUUUCUGUCUCCACCAGAACAUAAAUUUGCAAGGGAAUAUCUUGCCCAUAUGGAAGACCAUUUCAGACUAAUUGCCUUGAGACAUAUGCCAUCCAAUGUACAGGAUUUUGACAAAACUAAAAUGGCAGUGGCCCCAAACAUUUCAAGUCAUAUUUUCCUUCGUGUUAAAAAGAACAUUACUGGUGUAGUGAUAGAAGGUGACAGUGAAAAUCGAGAUGAAGAAGUUGAUUUGGAUGAGAACUCACAGCAUAUUAUGCAGUAUAAGCCAAUAGCUGAUUACCUCAAAUCAGGGGCUGUACAGUUAGUUUAACUGUCAUGUUAUAACUUUAACGGUCUCUCCUUAGGACAGUUUCUCAACAUAUGUACUUAGUAAUCAUAAUUUGAGGUUAGAAAGAUUGACAUGGAUAAUCCAGUUUCCCUAAUUGGGUUGGGAAUUGUUACUAUAAAGUGUGUGAGCAGGUAACUGGGAUAUGACAAGUGAGAAGAUAUUUAGCAACAUAACACAUGCCCUGCAUUUACCCACAAAAGAGAUUACCUAUGUAUUUUCUGAGGUAAGCCCCUGGUAAAAUGCCACCAUGCAUCAACUUGUAUGACAAUACAAACAAGUAGAAAUAGCCCAGGACCUCUUGAGUGACAGGCUGCUAACCAUUCAAUUAUGAUAUUUGGUGUACAGUGUAAUAGUAUCUUUUGAUUUCACUGAGGUUUGCAGUUACCAAAGCAAUGUAUUCUGUGCAUUCACAUAUGCCCAGUGAUAUUAAAAUGGGACUAAACUGUAAACCAAAUGUUUUCAAGGAAUUUCAAACUUGUCCUCUGGGAAACCUAAAAUGUGGAGCACAAAAGUUGUCUUCAUUAUUUUUUGAGAGAUUACUACAUUUCAUGUUGUAAGAAAAGUUGCACUUGAAUAAUUUUGAAAAUGUAUAUUCCUUUUAAAGUGCAAACAAUGAUAAGCAUAUAUUCUCCAAAAAAUAAAAUAAAUUAGUUACUGACUGACUGAAUUGUGUACACAUUACUUGUUGUAGUAACUCUAUUAUACUUUCAGCAUGUAUAUGAUAUGAAUAUGGAAAGUGGCCAGUUAAAAAGAAUAAACUGUACACAGCAAAAUACAGGGUCUUUUUUAUCACAGAACUGUAUCUGAACAAUUCUAGGUUGCAGUAUGAUAUAGAUGCUUUAAUAUUCAGUUCUACCCAAGGCAGCUCUGGUAUGCAGAAUUUAAAUUAAGUAUUAUGUUCAAAGAAUUUUCAUAUAAAGCAGUUAUUGCAAGAAAAAUUGUGCCAAGAAUAAUCUUGUUUUGCAGUGCCAUGCGAAAUAGUGGAAAGUUUCAUGUUGACAGGUACAGUGCUGUUUCUCAGUGAAACCUCUACUCUGAAGAUGAUAAAUUUCUUCAAAAUGUUGGUAACCACCUAUAAGACUACAUAGAUACACAACCCAAAAAACAUGACAUGAAAAUCACAAUUUUUUUCCAAAAAUGAACUAAAUGCUGUAUGAAGGAAGCUUAUAAAGGUUGUCCCUGGGCUCUUAAGUGUAGUGCAUCAAAAGUUCAGCUCACAUUGUGGAAAAAAAUACAUUUAUGUGAACUUGCCAGAAGUGCCGUCAGCUGCCAUUACCACACAGUUCAGCACUCUUCUUUGACUCAUAGGCUGAAAACAUCAUUGCUCAAAGGAUAUAAAGUACCAAUACUUUAAUACUGAUCAUAUAUUUAAAUUAAGUAUUUUUUGCCAUUUUAUCACAAUUGAA